AUGUCUAACGAAACUUCAAAGAACUUUUCCAAUUUGGAAACACCAGGAUAUGUGGGAUUUGCUAACUUACCCAACCAAGUGCAUAGAAAGUCAGUGAAGAAAGGAUUUGAGUUCACUCUCAUGGUAGUUGGUGAAAGCGGACUGGGAAAGUCCACUUUGGUGAACUCAUUAUUUCUCACAGAUUUAUAUCCUGAGAGAGUAAUACCAGAUGCUAUUGAAAAGACAAACCAAACAGUUAAAUUGGAUGCCUCAACUGUGGAGAUUGAAGAAAGAGGUGUUAAAUUACGCCUAACUGUAGUAGACACACCCGGUUAUGGGGAUGCGAUUGAUAACACUGACUGUUUUCGGUCUAUAAUUCAAUAUAUCGACGAGCAAUUCGAACGGUUCCUACGCGAUGAAAGUGGCCUCAAUAGACGAAAUAUCGUCGACAAUCGCAUACAUUGUUGCUUUUAUUUCAUUUCACCUUUUGGACAUGGACUUAAGCCACUGGAUAUUGAAUUCAUGAAACAAUUACACAACAAAGUAAACAUUGUUCCUGUUAUUGCAAAAGCCGAUUGCCUUACCAAGAAAGAAGUGCAACGACUAAAGACUAGGGUGAUGGAAGAAAUUGAAAGGGAGGGAAUCAAAAUUUAUCCUCUGCCGGAUUGUGACAGUGACGAAGAUGAAGAUUAUAAAGAGCAGGUGCGUCAACUGAAGGCGGCGGUGCCGUUCGCGGUGUGCGGCGCGGGCCAGCAGCUGGAGGUGCGCGGGCGGCGCGUGCGCGGCCGCCUCUACCCCUGGGGCGUGGUCGAGGUCGAGAACCCCGACCAUUGCGACUUUAUCAAGCUCAGGACUAUGCUCAUCACGCACAUGCAGGACCUGCAGGAGGUGACGCAGGAGGUGCACUACGAGAACUACCGCUCGGAGCGUCUCGCACGCAACGGACAGAUACCCAAGCGACACACUUCCACCGAGAGUGGCCUAAGCGAGUCAGACUCCGGCCUUACCAACGGAUCUAACGACGACGCCACGGAACGCGAACGAGCUCUACGUGAAAAGGAGGCGGAACUCCGUCGCAUGCAAGAGAUGCUGGAGCAGAUGCAGCGCCAGAUGCAGCUGCAGGCGGCCGCCAACACCACAUCCGCA